CACCAUCGAAGCCGCCGCAGAUCCAACGCACACGCAAACGCUCGCACAAAGAUGAAACUAACAAGAUAAACUAGUCCAACUCCAAACCUCGCCCCCCCCCAAAAGCCUUAAUACACAAUUGGCUGGGAUACCAAGUGAAGCAGGUUGAGCGGCACACCUGGUGCAAGUUUGGAGCACACGGACGAUUAGAGACAGCUUAGCUAUACGAGCAGUAGUAUUUCGGAAAUAAUCCGUCAAAGAGACGCACCUCGACUAACCAGAGACGCACUAGGCAUACCUCAACAGAAAUGGACGACAAGCUCGCUCUGGUGUUCGACAAUGGUUCCGGCAUGAGCAAGGUCGGUUUCGCUGGAGACUACGCCCCUCGAUUUGUCUUCCCAACUGUCGUGGGUUACCCCAAAGACUCGGCUACGGCGACGGGCUCUGCUCCUGUCGUGGGCUCUGAGGCCCAGACCAAGAGGGAAAUCCUGAAUCUGAAGUACCCCAUCCAACGUGGGAUUAUCACGAACUGCGACGACAUGGAGAAGAUCUGGCAUCACUCCUACAACGAGCUUCGCGCGGCCCCUGAGGAUUGCCGUGUCCUGCUGACCGAGCCGCCGCUCAACCCCAAGGUCAACAGGGAGAAGAUGACGCAGAUCAUGUUCGAGACUUUUAACACAUCUGCCAUGUAUGUGGCCGUCCAACCUGUCCUGUCGCUGUUCCUGUCGGGUCGUACCACAGGUAUCGUCGUAGACUCUGGUGACGACGUCACCCGCGUGGUGCCCGUCUACCAGAGCCAGGUGAUCCCAGACGCCAUCCUCUGCCUGGAUCUGGCCGGCAGAGAGCUGACCGACUACCUGGUGAAGCUCAUGACCGAGCGAGGCUACAGCUUCCCCACCACCGGUCAGCGUGAGAUUGUGCAAGACAUCAAGGAGACGCUCACCUACGUGGCGCUUGACUUCAAGCAGGAGAUGGACAAAGCCACUUCUUCAUCUGAGCUGCACAAGAGUUACAAGCUUCCCGAUGGCCAAGUUGUCAAUGUCGGCAAUGAGAGGUUCCGAUGCCCCGAGCUGCUCUUCCGGCCCGACCUCCAUGGUAAGUACCAACCUGACUCCGGUUCAUUGACUGCUUCAAAUCAAGUCAGAAAUGUUGCUCAGGUUCUAGUUUCUGUUCCUUCCUCUUGCCAUUGUUGCAUUCAGGUAAGGAGUGUCCACCAAACAGUCUACAACAGCGUCCUGCUGUGCAGGGAGAAUAUCCAGAAUGAUCUAUUUUACAACAUCUUGCUGUCGGGCGGCAGCACCAUGUUCCCCGGCAUUGCCAAGAGAAUGCAGAAGGAGAUGAACACCCUGGCCCCACCCAAUACUAAUAUCAAGGUAAUUGCUACCGCAGAGAGGAAGUACUCGGUUUGGAUCGGCGGCUCCUUGCUGGUCACGUUCCCCACCUUCCAGGAGCGCUGGGUGACCAAGGACGACUACAAUGAGUUUGGAGCCUCCGUUGUGCACCGCAAGUGCAAGUAGAACCAUAAAAACAGUCCAAAAUUAUUACCGAUUUUUUUUUUUUUUUUAACCGUCUACUGUCAAACGAAUCAAAUUUUGACUUCUCGCAAUAAUCCCAUUUCAUUGUAAAAACAAUAACAGAGUUUUUCCCGCUAUGAAGGAAAAAGGCUUGAGGCGAUUUUGCUGGGAUACAAAAUUUUGUUGAUUAAAAACACAAUCUGGAGUAGAUUGACGACAUUUGGGUUCUUAUUGACUGAUCAUGAUUUAGUCAUCUCCUUUGUGACUAUAAAUGACUUCUUGUGAUUGAGGGCUAUACAAAUAAACGUGACUUGACUUGA